UGUUGGGAAGCGAGAGAAGGACGUGCACCCCACCUUCUCAAGAGCACGCGACCCCACACUCAAAACCCUAAUUUAAUUUUCAAGAAGACCUUCAUUUUUUUCCCAUUUCCAAAUAAAAAACCCAUCAAUCUUAUAAUCUAACAGAGAUUUUCAUCCUCUAAUCCCUUCUUCUUCUUUCAGCUCUCUGCACCUCUUUCUCUUUAAUUACUCCUAGGUCUCUGUAAAGCCAUGGCGAACCGGUGGUGGGCCGGCCAGGUGGGUCUACCGGGAAUGGACACAUCAACCAGCUCAUCAUCUCCUAUGAAGAAACCAGAUCUAGGUAUUUCAAUGUCCAACAGCAAUAGAGAAACAACCGAGAGCAGUAGGAGAGAAGAGGAAAAAGAAGAAGAAAGAGAACACAGCGAUGAACCUAAAGAAGGAGCCAUAGACGUUGGCACUCGCCGUCCUAGAGGUCGCCCACCAGGAUCAAAAAACAAACCUAAACCACCCAUUUUUGUCACCAGAGAUAGCCCUAAUACUCUCAAAAGUCAUCUAAUGGAGAUAGCUAAUGGUUCUGACAUAGCAGACAGUUUAGCUUGCUUUGCAAGGAAGAGACAAAGAGGUGUCUGUGUCCUCAGUGGAAGCGGGAUGGUUACUAAUGUAACCCUUAAGCAACCAUCAGCCCCAGGAGCAAUCAUGGCACUACAUGGCAGGUUCGAGAUUUUGUCACUCACCGGAGCUUUCUUACCAGGACCAGCCCCACCAGGAGCGACAGGAUUGACAAUAUAUCUAGCUGGAGGGCAAGGGCAAGUGGUUGGAGGCAGUGUGGUGGGAUCACUGGUAGCUUCAGGGCCUGUUAUGGUGAUUGCAGCAACGUUUUCGAAUGCUACUUAUGAAAGGUUGCCACUGGAGGAGGAGGAAGAGGGCGGUGGUACUGGCAGCGGAGGGCAAGGGCAGAUCGGUGGUGGUGAAGGAGGUAGUGGGGGGAUGGGUGAUCCGGCUGCAUCAACGCCAGUGUAUAAUAAUUUGUCACCAAAUUUGAUGCCUAAUGGGGGACAGAUGAACCUUGAGGGAUACGGAUGGGCUCAUGGAAGGCAACCCUUUUAGAAGGAGACUGAAAAAAGAGAAGGGAUUCGUCUCACCGUCUGGGUUAAUUAUGUUGGAAACCAUUGAGAGAUAACUAAGUUAGGGAUGAAUAAAAUAGACUCAUAUUGCCUGUAUCUUGUAUAUUUCCUUCUAUGUGACUAUGGCCUUUCACUUAA